AUGGCAACCUCCAGUGAAACCACUGGCGCGCCCAACUUGCGCCGCCGCGAGUCCUUGUCCGAGAUUCGAGCUGCCAACCCUGAUUUGGCUCUGAGCGGUAACAUUAUCUCGGCUACCUUCAACACACCGCAUUCUUUCGUCUAUCGAAAAGGCGGUGAUUGGGACUUGAAAUCUCGUCGCGGCCAAUCUGCUCUCUUUGAUUCCUUCGCAUACCUCUCCUCCGACGCUACCCCAUGGAAUCACACCGUUGUCGCGUGGACCGGCGAAAUCGACGCUCCAACUGAUGACGUCGUUUCUUCACCCGGCACGCCCGCCCCAAACACUUUUGGUGCGACAUCGCUCAACGCCCUCUCCGCACCCGUUCCCAUUGACGGCAACUCGCGCCUACCGACUCCUCCUCCAGUCGAUGGUCUCUGGGUGCCCCGCGAGGACCAAGACCGCCUCGAGUACCGUUUGUCACACAACAAGACCAUCCGCACCUACCCUGUCUGGCUCUCGGAUGAAUCCGAGGCCACUUCUGAGGGUAUCCUUCUCAAGGACCAGGCCCGCUGGCGACGCUAUGCUGAGCACGAUCUUUACACCCUCCUCCACUACAAGCAACAUGAGCCGACCGACGGCCGCCGCGAACGUGUUCAAUGGGCCGAUUACUAUAGAAUGAACCAGAAAUUCGCCAACAAGAUCAUCGAGAUCUACAAGCCUGGCGACAUCGUCAUCAUUCAUGACUACUUCCUCAUGUUGCUUCCCAGCAUGCUGCGACAGAGAGUACCUAACAUGUACAUCUCGUUCUUCCUGCAUUCUCCCUUCCCCAGUAGCGAGUUCCUCCGCUGCCUGCCUCGACGAAAGGAGGUUCUUGAGGGUGUUUUGGGCUCAAACCUCAUCGGCUUCCAGUCAUACAGUUACUCUCGCCAUUUUCUGAGCUGCUGCACGCGAAUCCUUGGAUUCCCCUCUGAUACUCUCGGAAUUGAUGCUUAUGGAACUCGCGUCCAAGUUGGCGUCUUCCCCAUUGGCAUUGACGCUGCCAAGGUUGAAAGCCACGCAUGGACCGAUGCCGUGACCGCCAAGUACAACGCACUGCGCGAGCUUUACCGCGGCAAGAAGAUCAUUGUCGGACGUGACCGUCUCGAUAGUGUCAGAGGUGUUGCCCAGAAGCUGCAAGCUUUUGAGCGCUUCCUUGAGAUGUACCCUGAGUGGCGUGAGAAGGUUGUUCUCAUCCAGGUCACCUCGCCCACUAGCGUCGAGGCAGAGAAGGAAGAUCUUGAGGACGACACGAAGGUUGCGACCCGUGUCAAUGAGCUUGUUAUGCGCAUCAACGGCAUGUACGGAAGCCUGGGCUUUUCUCCCGUUCAGCACUACCCACAGUACCUCAGCCAGAACGAGUACUUUGCUCUUCUGCGUGCCGGUGACAUUGGUCUCAUCACUUCUGUGCGUGACGGCAUGAACACCACAAGUCUAGAGUAUAUCAUCUGCCAGAAGGAGGGCAAUGCUCCUCUCAUUCUCUCAGAAUUCAGUGGUACCGCUGGCAGUCUCAGAAAUGCCAUCCACAUCAAUCCCUGGGAUCUCAGUGGCGUUGCUGAGAAGAUAAAUGCUGCUCUCACCAUGUCCGAAGACAAGCGACAAGAGAUGCAGUCUCGUCUCUACAGACACGUUACUGAGCACAAUGUGCAGUCCUGGAUCACUAAGUUCAUCCGCAAGGUAUACAAUGUUCUUGGUGACAGCAGCUCUGCCAACUCCACUCCUCUACUCGACCGAGCUCUUCUUCUUACUCAAUACCGCUCAGCCAACAAACGUCUGUUCAUGUUCGACUACGACGGUACCCUGACGCCCAUCGUGCGCGAGCCUAGUGCUGCAGUGCCCUCGGAGCGUCUUAUUCACACCCUUGACCUGUUGGCUUCAGACCCCAAGAAUGCUGUGUGGAUCAUUUCGGGACGAGAUCAGGAUUUCUUGAAGCAGCACCUUGGCAACAACAGACGUCUUGGAUUCUCAGCUGAGCACGGCAGCUUUAUGAAGCACCCCGGCUCAGACGAGUGGGAGAACCUCGCAGAGAAGUUCGAUAUGGGAUGGCAGGCUGAGGUGAUGGAGGUCUUCCAGAAAUACACCGACAGGGUUCAAGGUUCUUUUAUUGAGAGAAAGCGAUGUGCUUUGACCUGGCACUACAGAUUGGCCGACCCCGAGCAAGGCAUUCACAUGUCGCGAGAGUGCCAUAAGGAGCUCGAAUCGACAGUUGGCGCGAAAUGGGAUGUCGAGGUGAUGCCUGGUAAGGCCAAUAUCGAAGUCCGCCCCACGUUCAUCAACAAGGGCGAGAUCGCCAAGCGCCUCAUUACCAUGUACCACACACCUGGCACCGAGUCUGAAGACAAGUCUGGGCACCUCGAGUUUGCCUUAUGCAUGGGUGACGACUUCACGGAUGAGGACAUGUUCCGAAGCCUUAAUGCCGCUUCGGGCCCUGUGCUGGAUGCCAACCACGUCUUCACAGUCACCGUUGGAGCGAGCACAAAGGUCACAUUGGCCAAGUCGCAUCUCCUGGAACCAGAGGAUGUGAUCGAGUGCGUAGCUCUCCUCGCCGGUGUCCAGGAUGUUGGAGAACGUCUCGGCGAGGUGAAUCUGGGGGCGCUGAGUGCUGUCGAGGGACAUAUUCCCAGUGAUGAGCGGUAA